AUGAGAAGUUCCUUUGAGAACUCACUUGGAGCGGGACAGCGACCCAAGACGAUGGCGAUGCUGAAUGGUUUUCUGAAUCUUCUUCGUAAUCUUGUGCAAUUAACAUCCACUAGAGGCCUCGUUGAGGUGCGCUUAGCCAUAGAGCAUCGUCAUCCUCGGAGGCUAUAUGGGCCAUUUUCUGGAAAUCCGGAAUUCUACGAUUUUUAUCAGUCCUCUCAGUUAGCUGCUGAAAGAGCAAUUCUCAACAUCCUCAAUUCAACCAUUUUGCUUUCAAGAAAUGCCGUCAAAAUUAUCUAUCUUCAGAUGUAUGUCUCUACGUUAAUGAGUUCUGACUAUUCGAACAAAGUGCCAGUACAAUUUUUGUUUGAUGAAGAUCCUCAGGACGCCAAUGUUGCAGAGUCUACAAAAACUGUCAACCUCUUUCAGGAGGCUUUAAGUUCACCAAAACUGCAGUCAGUCUUAAAGCUUCUCCCAGCUAAGGAGAGACAGGCAGUGAUUCUUAAAGCUGCUAUUAGGACCUUGGAUGACGAUACCCUGGCUUUGGUCAUAUCGGAAGUUAGCAGCUUGGUGUCCGAUGAAACUAUCACAAUGAUGGAAGAUUGGGGUAGAACGAGUCGUGGUGCUCCUGUAAAGCGAAUCACCAUAAGUCCAAUAUUGAGCGAGAAACUUGCAACGGGGGCGGAUGCUGAGACGUGGACGAAAGUCCACUCGACCAUCCUCAGCUACGGCGCUGCAAUCCAGCAGCUCUGGAUCCCUGGCUUCACCGACACCGGCGGACGCAGAAAGGCCAAUCUGGGUGUGGCCGACGUUGUUCUCGGUUACUCGGACAUCGCUGGCUACGAGAAGAACCCCGCCUACCAUGGCGUCAUUGUUGGUAGAGUUGCUGGGCGUGUCAGCAACGCCAAAUUCACCAUUCCGAUUGAGCUAGACGCUUCGAUAUCUACGGCUUACAAGCUACCUAAAAAUCAACAGAAAAAGCAUUGUCUUCAUGGAGGAAAUACUGGGCUGACGUUUCGUCUCUGGGAUGUUGUUGAUGUGAAGAAAGAUAGUGUGAAACUCAAAGUCACAUCGGUCGAUGGUGAAGAUGGAUUCCCAGGCAAUCUCACUGCCUAUGUAACUUACCGUCUGAGUGUGAAUGAGGAGGAUCAACAUGUGUGCCUGAGCAUUGACUACUUUGCGAAUAUCACUGAUAGAAUCUGUCCCAUUAAUUUAACAAACCACACCUAUUUCAACUUGGCGGGCCACCGCGCAGGACCUGACGCCCUCGACCGCCAUAUGGUUUGCAUUCAGGCGGACAAAAUGUGCGAAUGCGAUGCGGAACAUAUUCCUACGGGCCGACUGGUUAAAGUUGGUCGCGUUGAUGGUACAGAUCUCAAUCAACUGACGUGUUUGAAAGAGGGGCUCCGCAAGAUUCACCCCCCACCACAACAAGGCUUUGACGAGUACUACGUGUUUAGGGAUUUGCCUGCAGAUGAGGCGAAAGCUAUUGUAGUUGAGCCAAAUUCCUGUCGUCGGUUGGAGCUGUUUACUGACCAACUAGGAGUGCAGUUUUACACAGGGAAUUACCUAGACCCGAAGACCGAUCCGGUGGGAAAAGAUACGUACAGCUAUCUGCCACACGCGGGUCUGUGUUUGGAGGCGCAAGGCUUUCCAGACGCCGUCAAUAGAUCAAACUUUCCCAAGCAAUUCGUCACACCAACCGGGAUGUGUUACAUGCAGAAGACGCGGUAUGAAUUCUCGGUGCAAAAAAAUUGA